ACAGAAAUAAGAAAUUAGAGUUCCAAAUCAGUCUUCCAUUCCAUCACGUUCCCUCCAUCCCCCUUCCUAAUGAUAAAUUCCUAAAUCCACCAACAAAUUCCUGAUCCGUUCGAACUCAUCAUCCUCUUCCUUUGGAUUCCUCCUCCUCCUCCUCCUCUUCCUCUCUCUUUCUUCCGGGAUUUGUAAUUGGUUGAGUUAUAUGCCCCCAAUCAUAUCAUUCUCAUCUCAAUCUUCUUCUUCUUCUGCUGCUGCUGCUGUUGGUACUACUAUUGUUAUUGUCGUGAUGACGUCCUCCGGGCGAUGCCAUGGGCCGCUGCGGCCGGUGACCUAAUCUUGAUCUGAAGCCCCGCCGCUGCCGAUCGCCGCUCGGACAUGGCGACGCCGUCUGAGUCCGAUCGGACGGAGCAGAUCAUCACCCUGUUCCUCCACAAGGCCCAGCAUGCCGUCCUCGCCUCCCGCAUCCCGCACCUCCACCUCUCCGUCCCCCGCCCCGCCUCCGCCCGCGACCGUUGGUUCCACCUCGCCCUCGGUGACCUCCCCGCCCAGAUCGGGCACCAUGGCGCGGUCAUGGACCCCUUGGUGGUCGACAUCCUCCUCACCCCGCGCGGCGAUGCCGAUGACCCCACUGGCUCCCCUGAGGCCGUCGUCGAGCGCUGGACUGCCCAGUGCGUCCCCCCGUCUCCCUGGUCUGCCGCCGCGCCGCACCAUCCCCACGAUGGCAGCUGGCAUCGCAAGACCUACAAGAAGUCCAUAAUUCUGCUCAGAUCCCUCUACGCGCUGCUCCGUCUCCUCCCGGCUCACCGGAUCUUCCGCCUGCUGUGCUCCUCCAGCCAGCCGUAUAACUACGACCUCAGCUACAGGAUAUCCUCCUUCGUGGCGCCUCUCUCCAGGGCGGAAGAGGCGGAACUGAAGCAGUACAGCUUCGCGCCGGUGGAGACCUUGUUCGGCCAGCUCGUCGUGUCGGUGCAGUACCGCCCGAGCCUCGCCAACUUUAAUCUUGAGGUCUCAUCCAUGCCGCCGAUGAUCAUCACGGACUACGUCGGUAGCCCGGCUGCCGAUCCCAUGAGACCCUUCCCUUCUUCUCUACCGGAACGCGUGUCUCGUCCGAUCAUGCAUCAGUAUCCGCCGACGGGCAUCCGGACGUCAGCAGCUCCUUCAUUCGACCGCCCGCAUAGCUGGAAUAGUACACCGCUGGCACACCACCCUCUCAGUUCGGCUUCUGGGCUUCCGGUUUCGGAGAUAGGUUUCUUGCUGCCUGAGAAUUAUGGUCAUCUGGUGCCAAACCAGCGGCCUUUGGGCGAGAGGAAGGGAAGUUCCGGUUAUAACGAGUUGAAGCUCUCACCACCACUUUCGACGUCGGCGUCCCCUUCUCCUCCAACGCGUGGUGGUGAUUCCCCGCAGUCUAGAUUUCAUUUGGAGACGGCACCUGUGAGCAUACCAACGGGGAAGAGUCAGCACCGCAGCCCCAACCUCUCGGACCCAUUCAAGAGCCUUUUGCCUCCUCCAUCUCCGAGAAGCACAAGGGCGGAUCCUUAUUGUCAAGAGUCUCCUUCGAGGAGUAUAUCUCUCAGAAAAUCCGAAGGGUCGAUUCUAGGAGAUGUGUACUCAAACUUUCACAUUUAUGCUGCUCAUAAGGGUCUCAAGGAUGGCCGGGAUGAUUCUGGAAGGUUCUCUGCUUUGUCUUCUGGUGGAUCACCUAGAUAUGGUUUUUCGAGAAGUUCUAGUCGAUUGUCAAUUCAGGACGACCUUGAUGAUGGGGAUUUUUCCUACCCAUUUGCUGUAGAUGAUGUUGACACAUCAGAUUCACAAGCAAGGAGCUUUGAUGGUAAGGAAGCAUCAGAAGAUACUCUGUCUCAUAAAUCACCAGAAUUUGGCUCUUCUCAUAAAUCACGAGAGGCGGAAGUUGGCAUUCUCGUCCACAUGCUCAAAACCGCAGCUCCGCUGCGCCAAGGUCAGGGCUCCUUGCUGUCUUCAGAAUCGAAUGCAGAAGUUAGUAUGAGCAGUUCUGUCAUGUCUAGGAAAACAUGCGACGUGUUAGAGGAGCUCCAAAGCUAUAAAGAGCUGAAGAACUUGUUACUUUCGAAGAGUAAAUCGGGAUCGCUAGAUUCUGUAAAACAAAGAAAAGAGUGAGUGGUGAAACCUUAUCCUGCAUCAGAAUUAAAAGACUAGUGCAGUUCAUACAUAGGAGCAAAAUGGCAGACUCUUUGAUCAUUCCCAAAGGAUUUAGCCGUCUAUCUGACAGUGGAGAUUUGUCGUCUCCCAUUGGAUCUCUCCAAGAAGCUUGCUUCUGCAAAACUGAUCAUCCUCGUGCUCGACUGUGCAUGAUUAACUUUCUCAUCUGUAUAUAGUUCUCACACCAAAAUGAUGUGUUCAUUUGUUUUACUUGAACUUCAAGCUUGGCGCAAAUCAAUUUGUUGUCACAUCAAAAAUUUUUGUUCGCCACUGUAGUAUCAGCCUACUU